GAUUUUCUGACAUACAUGUUGCACAAUCCACUGUUCAAACACUUCAAACAUUAAUUACUUUACCUUUAAUGCGACCACAAUCAUUUUCUUAUGGAGUCUUAAGAAGACAUUUUAUAUCAGGUGUAUUAUUGUUUGGACCACCUGGAACCGGUAAAACUAUGUUGGCGAAAGCUGUUGCCAAAGAAAGUGGUAGCACCGUUAUUGAAAUUAAAUCCAGCGAUGUAUACGACAUGUAUGUUGGUGAAGGUGAGAAGAAUGUUCGGGCAAUAUUUUCACUUGCUCGUAAACUAUCACCAUGCGUGAUAUUUUUAGACGAGCUUGAUGCGAUAUUUGGAUCCAGAAGAUCAGACAUACACAAUGGAGCGCAUAGAGAGAUAAUCAAUCAAUUUAUGGCAGAAUGGGAUGGCUUAACGUCUCGUAAUGAAGGUGUGCUGAUUAUGGGUGCAACAAAUCGACCAUUUGAUUUGGAUGAUGCCAUUUUAAGGAGAAUGCCAAGGAGAAUAUUAGUUGACUUACCUACCGAAAAGGAUCGUGAACAAAUUCUCCAUUUGCAUCUUCGUGACGAAAAGCUUGAAUCGUCAAUAUCAUUAGCAAACUUAGCGAAAAUAACCAACCUUUAUUCUGGGUCAGAUUUAAAAAAUUUAUGUAUUAGUGCUGCUCUUGCUGCUGUCCGCGAGGAUGCAGAAAAAGAACAAGCCAAUUCUAGUACAAUUGGCAAAGGGAUUAUUAAAAAGACCUUUGACAAACACCCAGAAAUCAGAGUAUUAAAAACCCAUCAUUUUCAGCUUGCGCUUAAACAAGUGACUCCUUCUUGUUCAGAAGAUAUGUCAAGUUUGACUGAGCUGAGAAAAUGGGAUACAAUGUAUGGUGACGGUGCAUGGAAUAGGAAAAGACGUUCAAAAGGAAUAGGAUUUGAUGUUGAUGCAGGUCUUCCAGAUAGUUCAUCUCAAUUUGGUGGUGUAAGCCCGUGA